UUUGCCUUAUUGGUAGAUGAAUCUGCAGAUGUUUCAGAUAAAGAACAAAUGGCAGUGGUUUUUUCGCUUUGUUGAUAAAGACGGGAUAGUAAAAGAAAGAUUUGUUGGCAUUAGUCAUGUAAAGGAGACAUCUUCUCUAUCUCUAAAGAAUGCUAUUGACUCUUUGUUUGCCAAACAUGGAUUGAGUUUGAAAAAAGUGAGAGGACAAGGUUACGAUGGAGCUAGCAACAUUAAAGGAGAAUUUAAUGGAUUGAGAUCAUUGAUUCUGAAAGAAAGUAGUUCUGCAUAUUAUGUGCAUUGCUUUCCUCAUCAGCUUCAGUUAGUUGUCAUGGCGGUUGCAAAAAAACAUUUUGAAGUUGGAGAUUUCUUUGAUAUGAUUUUUGUCUUGUUGAAUGUGGUUGGAGCUUCUUGUAAGAGAAAAGAUAUGAUCCGGGAAAGCUAUCGCAAAAAGGUUAAAGAAGGGAUUUGUAAUGGAGAACUUAACACUGGAACUGGGUUAAAUCAGGAGCUUUCACUUCAAAGACCUGCAAAUACGCGUUGGGGAUGAAGGCGUAGACACCACCAAAAGACGACAAGCAUAUGGCCUCCUCAAAUACUUUCACACCUUU